GGAGGGAAGAGCUGGGACUCCCAAAGGGCAGGAGACGUGCCUCGGAGGAGGAGAAGGAAGGCAAGGCGGACCCCGCGCAGCUCAAGCCGAGAGAGAAAAAGGCUGUGCAAUGGCAUUGGAGCAACACUGUGGAUCUUCCCUGCUUUACCCUGGAGAGGAAGCGACCACCAUGCAUCCAGUUGAGGAAUCAGUGAGCUUCGAGGAGCUGUUCUUUACUUUCACCAACGAGGAAUGGGCCUUGCUGGAUCCAGACCAGAGAGCUCUGUAUGAGGAGGUCAUGCUGGAGAUUCAUGAGAUGGUGGCCUCUCUAGGAGAUGUUUGGGGGAUCUGGACUGAGGGAGAACCGUCAGAAGUGGCAUGUGAAAUUGCUGAGGAGCAGGAGGAGCAACGGAAGCUGUGGGUUCAAGAUGUUACCAACAGACAAGAGGGGACAGAAAUGCAGAAUGCUGGGAGGGAAUCCACUGAUUUUGAGAUUAACGAAAAUCAGAUAAUUCACACAGGGGAGGAACCUUAUGAAUGUUUGGAGCUCGGAAGGAACAUCAGUUGCAUAGACUACCUUACAUUUCAGGAAAUAUGUCAUACCGCCGAGAAACCAUAUAACUGCUUGUUGUGUGGAAAGAGCUUCCGUCAGAGUGGUCACCUUAGUUUGCAUCAAAGAACUCAUACGGGCGAGAGACCUUAUCACUGCAGGGAGUGUGGAGAGAGCUUUAGGCACAGUGACUCCCUCAUAAAGCAUCAAAGAAUUCAUACAGGGGACAAACCUUAUAAAUGUCUGGAGUGUGGAAAAGAGCUUCAGGCAGAAUAUCCACCUCACUAG